ACUGGGACGUCGGCCAAUGUCGCCCCAAACGUUCUCCUGCUUGGCUUUGCUGUCUUUUGUGGUCCUGCUGGAGGCGGAAAGGCCGACCCGAGACCAGCACCACGACGACGACGACGACGACGACGACGGCGGCGGCGGCUGGUCUGUUUCUCCAACACACUUCACAACUUCAUUCAUUUUCGAGCUAAUGAACUUUUUUGAUCGUUUGUUUUCUUUGCGCUUUUCCUCACGGGUCGAAAUAUGACAGGCGGGUCGGGGUCGAACUACCGGAGCGGACGCUUCUCAAGCCAAAUUGAAAGUAGGCCUCCUGUGUUCGGGUUGUUUUCAAUGUCAAAAUUUGGUUCGGCUUUCAAAUGAAGGGCCGGGCAGACCCGGGAUCGGUCGCCGGCCAAUCGCAGGAGAGGUCUCCGAUGACGCCAUCUUCUUGCGUGUCGUGGAGGUCAAAGAAGAAGCGUGAAGUUUUUGGAACGUAUCCGAGCGCUCUCAGGGUCCAUUCCGAGUCGUUUUUUUUUUUUUUAAUUUUCCAACGUCCGAUGGGUCGGAAGGGUUUGUUUGUACGCCCGUGCUGCCUUUUUUUUAGGAUAUUUGCGCCUCCGCUCACACGGUUGGACGUACGCGUUCAGGGCGGGCGGGUCCCGGUCCAGCGGCGAUGACGAAGGUCCCUGCGACGUGGAGGUGGUGGACGGCUCUUCGCUGUCCCUGGCUCGCUUCCUGGACAGAACUUACUUCGCGAGUACGGCGACCGGCAGGUCCGCCUGAGUACGGCCAACACGUAUUCGUACAGGAAAGUGGACGUCUCCUUCCGGCACUACGUGGACGUCAUCCUCGGGCCGCGCUCGCCCGACGUCCUCGGGAGCGACACGUUGUACUUGUUCGGGGACAACAACGCCAGCGAGUGGCGCAACCUUCUGGACGCUUACCGGCCGCCGCCAUUCUUGCUCCCCGGCACCGGCAGGGCGUUAAGCUUCGGCGUCGCAGGUCCCGGAACCGGCGUCCCCUUCCACUGGCACGGACCGGGAUACUCGGAGGUCAUCUACGGGAGGAAGCGCUGGUUCCUGUACCCGCCGGACGAGGAGCCGCUCUUCCACCCCAACGCCAGCACGCUGGCGUGGCUGAGGGACGUGUACCCGCGGCUGACCCCGCGCCGAGCCCCGCUCCGGUGCACCGUCCGACCCGGACAGGUUCUGUACUUCCCGGCACGCUGGUGGCACGCCACCCUCAACUUGGACACCAGCGUCUUCAUCUCAACCUUCCUGGGGUGACGACCACGACGACGUUACUUUAUUGGAUGUUGCGCUUUCCUCCUCGCAAACGUCAAGAAUGACAAAAGCCGACUUUUUUUUUCCCUUGCUCUCGGAAAAGGAAUAAAGUGUGUCAAAAGCGUUCGAACGCGUUCGAGUUCCAACGAAGCCCCAACCCGGUGUGGCCCCGUUCGCCGCUUUUUUCAGUUUCCCCACUCUAAAAUGAGCCCAAAAAAUGUGAAUAGACAAAUAUAUCCCGAGUGUAAAAUGCCGCUUUUAAAUCGGGACUCCAUUUUUGAGGGGGGGUUCUGGUUCUGCGUAGCAAGAACGGGUCCAUUAUUUUUUUUCCCCUCAACCUUCACAAUCGUCAAAUCGAGAAAUCACGACAAAAUCUGUACCACAAACGCUGCAAAAAAAAAAAGACCCAAUCGAAAAGGGUUCCAGAACAGUCAGGAAACGGUUUUGGAUUUCAGCAAAUGAAGCAAAAAGUUUUCACAGCGCUAAAGUCUACCCGGGGAAACGCAAGCGCAACAAAGAAGGCGGAGCCGAGCCAAAUACGGCAGCCGUGUUUGACGCGGGCGCGCUCAACUCAAAGGCCGCUUGCAAUAUCAAUUUCAGAUAAAAGUACAAGAUCUCCAUCGGACUUUCUACGGAACCAAACGACGCACGCGGACAAACUCGUCAACCGCGACGAGCGUUUCGUCCCCCCCGUGUGCGUGUAAAGGAGCGGCACAUGCUUUGCUACAAUAUAAUCUUUUAUUCGUUCACUCAAUAAGAAACCAAAGGAGUCAAUGACAACUCAAGUCGAACGCGUCAACGCAGGAAGUCGCCCUCCCGACUUGCCGGAGGCGGUUCGGGUCGCUCGCGUCGCCGCCCGAGUCCAGACGGGCGUCGACGGAAACCGGGAGUCGGCGGGCGGGGGCCCCCCCCCCCC